AUGCCUGAUUAUGUUUCAACGUUUGCACAACAUUCAAUUACUCGAAUGCUUGAAUUGGAUGCUAAAAGAAGGGCUAAUAUUUUGGAACUUAAGGUAUUUAAAAAUAUUAUGGAAGUGACUGAAAGUUGAGAGAGAAUAAAAUAAGCGGUGUAUCUUAGAACUAGAGAUCGGCCUGGGUCUGG